AUGGAAGAUGAAUCUUCAGUGCUGGCGACUACUCUUUCGUCAGAUCCAAGCCGCGGACAACUCUCCAGCAAAGGUGACAUAGCAUGUCAGCCUCCUCAUAUUUCGAUUGAUGUCUCAGCCCGACAACUGCCGCCGCCUGACGACUCAGCGGGACAUCUCUAUGAAUUCCACUACUUCGCAAAGCUACCGGCGGAAGUCCGAAGCAAGAUUUGGAACCUGGCGUUCUCUCUAUCUUCACCUCGAAUAUACAUUCCGUACGCACGCCGAAUAGAAGGAAGUGGCAGGCAGUAUCCUCACUAUCGACAUGACUUGCCGGGACUUAUGAUCUUGAGCAAAGAAGUCAGGGAAAUCAUCAUCAGAAAUCGAAAACUUUCUCUCAUAUCGGGCAGGUAUGAUAUCUGUAACUUGAAAUAUGUCGACCGCAUAUAUGGCUGGGUGGAUCCAAAACGCGACUUACUCUAUAUCGAUCUUCAUCGGCGCAUCCAAGGUCAUUUUUAUGAUAUCGAAAACGUCUUUGAAACUGUAAUUCUCUGUCCAAAGAACAUCGGGAAUGCGCUUCAUUUAGAGGAACUGUCUCGUUGGUCUACAACACUAUCUUGUUUUUAUUCCUCAGAAUCGGGCCCAUCAUUUUCAUCGAAGGUCAAAGAACUACAACUCGUUUGCCGAUCAUACAACCUUCCAAUCUCUAGGUUUUCGGUCGGAUCACAGAACGACUUUUUGGUCUUAGACCUUGAUAGGAAGAAUGAUGUAGAUUGGCUUUUAGCAUUACGGGACCGUUUUCCAAAGUGCGAUAUUCCUUGGAAUGUUAUUGAGAAUGAUUUUUGUCGAGAAAGAAACCUUGAUUGGCAACUUGGAGUACUUAACGAUUGGAGUACAGGAGUACAGGAGUUCGAGGGUCAAUAUCAUAUUCGCCUUGGCGAUGCCGACAGCAAAGACGUGCGACAUCUUUCUCUGCCAACGGAUGUGCAAGUGGAUGUUUUGGAUAUUCCCAAUGAUACUUGGGUUGAUCCAGAUGGUAUAUCGGAUAGUUUACAUGGCUAUUUUUGGUUCAUGAUGCCAUGGGUGGAUUAUGCGACUUUGGUCAGUCAGAUUUGGGCCUCAUCCAUCGGCGUAGCAACAUUUCCCGAGGUACGACGGGUUGUACAAUUUCAACUGGAGGGUUAAGGCAC